AAGCUUCUUGGAUGAGAAGUGAAAUGUUUUCAAAGAAAAAAAAAAGUCCAGUCGUGUUUUGGAAAAAGCAUCUUUGUGGCAACCACGAGCUGGAUGAUUGAGAAUCUCCAUAGAUGACAGAGUAUAAUGUUGGUCUUGAAAUCACAUGCUGAAAGUCGCACUGAGAAUUACAAGUUUUAUCAAAGGCAGAGCCUUCUUAUGCUCCGGGUGACUACAUGGACAUAUCUCUGAAGUAUUAGGUUAGGAAUUUGAUAAUUGCAUUGUAAAUUGGAAGAACAGGAGAAUUCAUACAGUGACUUGCUAAAAAAAGACAACUGAGGAAUAAGGAAUAGAUCAGGUGCUUUAAGAAAAACAGUUCCUUUCCUUUGACAUCAAAAGGGGAUACAUCUGAAUCUCAAUCAAGAAAAUCAGCUGCUCCUUAAAAAGCUGAGGCAUGUACGCCUAAAAAACAAGCAACUGGAAUGUGAUGUAAUGCAGCUGCAUGAUAAACUACGUGAGCAAAACAAGUGCUUGCCUGCCUGUGUCACAAGGAAAGAUGUACAGAUUCAAACAGAGUUUCACUUAUACCAUAAAGGUGAUGGCGUUCAUCACAAGGAACACGAAGUAGUAAAGGAACAUGCCAGAGUACUUCAGAUGUAUAAUGAACUGAAGAAAAGGUACAAUAAAGAAGUCAAAACAAAUCAAAGACAAAAUGAAACAGUUGCAAUGCUGUCUGGUAAAAUUAAUAAUCUGGAACACCAACUUCAUUUAGCAAACCAAAAGAUAAAUGCCUUGGAAUAUAAAAAAAAGGACAAAUUUGUUCCAAUUCAGAGAAGAAUGUCAUCUGACAAAUGUAUGUGCAAAAAGAAGGGAAGCUGUUCCUGCAAAUAUUUAGACCAGCUGCUUUAUGAGACACAGCGACUGAAGAUGGAAAAUGAAACGCUUUCCAAAGAAAGAAGAAUGUUAAAAAAUGAGCUUGCUGCAUUAGAUAAGGAUUUCUUUGAUGAAAUAGAGGAUUUAAAAUAUGCUCUACAAGAAGCCAUAAAGCUGAAUACUCAUUAUGAAAAGUGUUUAAAAAAGUUAAGUUCCACUUAUGGAAUCACUUCUACAUCAGGGUUGACAGCUGGCAAUCCUCGUACAACUUUAUGGAAAUAACGUGAUCAGUCAAGAUUAUUAUUAAAGUAUGCUGAGUAUAUACAGAAAAAUCAACUCUCAACAGAGUAACUUCUUAAUUUGUGCAAUAAAAUCAUGACUCUAACCCA